CUUCCAACAUGCGGUCGCAGUUAUGGACUCUGGUGAACUCAGGUGAACUGCGGUAUAUAGCACGUGGAGAUUCUAAGAAAUAGGAAUGUAUUGUUUUAAUUAUUGAAAAAGGGACAAGAAAAACUUGAAAGUAUUGUUUUUAGACGUAAAUAUUCCGGUGAAAUGGAUUAUUUGAAUCUUUUUAAUGCAAACGCUACAUUUAAAAGAAAAAUACUGCCAGGACCAACGAGUCGAAGGCAGUUACCAAACGAUAUGUCGUUAUUAGAUGCAAAAUUAAACGUGAAUAUAAAGCAUAUAGAGAGCGGAACAGAUUAUGUAAAGGAAUAUGUACAAAAAGAGGAAGAUGAACUUUUGGAGUCAGCAAGCUACUAUAAUGCAAAUAAUCAGAACAACCUAGAACUUAUAUCACAAGGUACAGCAGCUGUGCAAGAUACAAAUAUUGAAGAAACAAUGAAGAUUUAUUCCACUUAUGAUUUUGCUUACCGCCCAAAGCCUGGUUUAACAAUUAAUGCUAAUAAAAAUCAAAUAACAUCUAUGAUUGAUACAAAUUCAGUAGUAGUGAUUCAAGGUCCAACAGGUUGUGGUAAAACUACACAGGUGCCACAAUUUAUUCUAGAUUCCUGUUAUAAAAAGAAGCUUCACUGCAACAUUAUAGUCACACAGCCUAGAAGACUUGCUGCUAUAAGCAUUGCAAAACGUGUUAGUCAGGAAAGAGACUGGCCAGUAGGCAGUCUUGUUGGAUAUCAAGUGGGAUUGAUAAAUCAUACCAGUAAAGAUACACGUUUGACAUAUUGUACUACUGGUGUUCUUCUACAUAAAUUAAUAAAUGCAAAAAAUAUGUUAGAAUAUACCCAUGUGAUACUUGAUGAAGUUCAUGAAAGAGAUCAAGAUAUGGAUUUUCUACUGCUUCUUGUUCGAAAAUUAUUACGCACGAAUUCACGUUCGGUGAAAGUAAUUCUAAUGUCUGCCACAUUUGAAGUAGACAGAUUUGCCAAAUAUUUUUCCUCACCUGUUGGAAACAAACUUGCAUCUGCACCUAUUGUUGAUAUCGCUAAGAAAAGUUAUUUUAAUAUUACUUCUUAUUACCUUUGCCAGAUGGAUGGAUUAGGGCUGUUGCCUCAAGUUUCUGCUACUGAACCAAGUGUUUCGAUCAAAAUGUUGGAAUUUUGUGUUAAUCUAAUAAAAGUUCUUGACGACGUGGAUCUGAAAGCUGAUGAUGCGAAUUAUGAUCCAGAAACAAAUACUUAUGAAAGACACGUGAUCCUGAUAUUUUUACCAGGUAUCCACGAAAUCGAAGAGAUGCAUAAUAUAUUAUCACUGCCGAAACAUGAAAAAGCUAAAUGGGAUAUAGUAAUAUUGCAUUCAUCGAUUACAAAUGAAGAACAGCAACGAAUUUUUAUAAAACCUCCUCGUGGUUACCGUCGUAUUAUUUUAUCUACAAACAUUGCUGAGAGUAGUGUUACAGUGCCUGAUGUAAAAUAUGUAAUCGAUUUCUGUUUAACGAAACAACUUAUCAUCGAUCCAAAAACGAAUUUUCAAUGCUUAGAAUUAAAAUGGGCAAGCAAGGUAAAUUGUGAACAGAGAGCGGGUCGUACAGGUCGAGUAAUGGAUGGAAGAGUAUACAGAUUGGUACCAGAAGCAUUUUAUGAAACCGUAUUGCCCCGAGAAGCGUCUCCCGAAAUGUUACGUUCACCGUUGGAAUCUUUAGUCCUAAAAGCGAAGUUGUUAGAUAUGGGAGAACCCAAAGCAAUUUUAGCGCUUUCUCUUGAUCCACCCGAUCUUAGUAAUUUAGAAAGGACAAUAUUACUAUUGAAAGAAGCAGGCGCAUUGCUUAACAAAGUCGACGAAAUUCAACACCUUGAUGGAGAACUAACAGAUCUUGGUCGAAUCAUGGCGAAUUUGCCAGUGAACAUUAAUCUGGCAAAAUUAAUGAUGUUGGGUCAUGUCUUCAGCGUUUUGAAAGAUACGAUCAUUAUUGCAGCUAGUCUAACUGUAAAAGAUCUAUUUAGCAGUCCCUUUCAACAGAAAUUACUGGCAUACGACGCUAGACUCAAUUGGUCUGCUAAUUCUUGCAGCGAUUGCGUCGCAUUUAUGACUGUUUAUAAAGUAUGGAUCAGCGAAAAAGCAAAUCGUCGAAUAAACAACGAUGCCGCGGAAAAGAAAUGGGCAUGGAGAAAUUUUGUACAGAUAAGAGUAUUGCGUGAAGUCAAAGCGCUUGUUACAGAAUUAACUAUGAGAUUAGAAAAGAUGGGAAUCCAAGAAAGCGUCGGACUCAACAAAGUUGUUUGGAAAGAAACAGAAAAGCCGUUCGUUUUGAAGAUUGCAAUUGCUGGUGCAUUUUAUCCGAACUAUUUUCUAAAACAUAAUCCUGAGGGACAGUUAAGCGAAUAUAAUGGAACAAAAAUGUUAGGUGGUUUAGAUCCAUCGAAAACGGUAUAUUUACAAGGUUGGCCAUUAAGACAACCUGGGCUUUUAUAUGCUCGUAGAAUUCAAAGUAUAUUCGCAGAUAACUUAGUGACCUCUGCUGAAAAGAUCAGGGUAUCUUUUGAUUCAUCCAGUCGAGUAUAUGUUCAAUUUGUUAAUGAUGAAGUGGCUAAAACUCCUCAAUACAACAUGACAAAGAGAAUAUCUCCUUUUGUUUACAAAGCUGUCAGAAUGAGGCAGUGUAAUAUUCCUAUAGAAAUACCUGUUUUAUACGAGGAUGUAGCCGAGCAACAAGCUGAAGAAAUGAACUUAGUUAGAAAAUCAUAUUUUACAUGUGAAAAUUUUGUCAAAGAUAAAAAUAAACCAGUAUUGCCGAGUAUACGAGUAUCUCGUAUUCCAAUAGUGAUGCAGCAUGUAAAGGAUCCUGGUCGUUUCUGGGUACAGAUGUAUGAUUCUUCGAUAAAGUAUAAACUAAAUGCUAUAAACUCAACAAUCUACAAAAAGCAUAAUUUAGAAACACUCACAGAAGCCCCAGAAACCGGCACGAUUGUGAUUGCACCAUAUGAACAAAAUAAUUGCAAAUCAUAUUUUCGGGCGGUAGUUGAAGGACAUGUAACAUCACCAGAAAUACUGGUCCAAUUAUUUUUCAUUGAUUAUGGUUACUCGAGUGAAUGUCGAUUAUGUGAUUUGAGACGUCUAAGAGACAAUAGCGACAUCGCUGAUAUUCCAGCACUGGCCAUGGAAUGUGUGUUAACCCAAGUUCGGCCAUCCAUAGCGCGUACUUUAAGUGACGAGUGGUCAGAAGCUGCAUCGAGUCUCUUCUGGGUAUUAGUUAACAAACCAGGUCGACUACAUGGUAACAUUUAUUCCAUUGUUAAUUGCGUUAUUUCAUUGGAACUUAUACAUGUGAACGAAAAAGAAGAAGAAACUAAUAUCAAUCAGUGUCUCAUUGACAAGGGAUUUGCAAUAAGAAAAGAAGAAGACUACUUUUCACGUUUCAAUCAUAAUCUAAGAAUUCAACACGAAGAUAUGGUGGACCAACAAUGUUAUCACUAUGAAAAAUUACAAUACGAUCAAGAUUUCAUGCCAUCGAUUUAUCCGGAACCACCUUCAUUUAAUGAUUGUCAUUCAACGGUGGCUUUACGGGGUCCAUUUUCACCCCUAGAAAUUGAAUUAACUCAUCUUACUAUGGCUGGUAGAAAUAAAAGGAUAAAGAUGGCUGUAAAUUCUGUAAAUUCUGUUCUUUUGGACACUGAUCCGGAGGAUGUCUUUCAGCGACUUUUAGUGGCUGGGUCUGUGUCACAAAAUGCAAGUGGCACUAAUUUGACAUUGUUUAAUACAACACUGAUGCCACGACUUCCUGGAUUGACUGCUCUGAUGGUAUUAAUUUUCACACCGUACAUGGAAUUGCGACGAAACAGUUUCGGAACUUACUACAUUGGUGCAUUAUGCGGAUUAGGGUCUGAACCAAAUACCAAGAGAAGUAUUUUUCCAGAACACGAUAUAGAGCUUCAAUUUGAUGCUGAAAUUACCAUUGAUGAUCUACAACUUAUAAAUAGACUGCGUCAUUGGAUGAACAUUGGAAUACAAAUUAACCAGCAUCAUGAAAGCAGUGAUAAUAUGGAAGAAAUGAUUAUCUGUCAAAACAGAAUUAAAGAUGCAUUACUGAAAUUAAUUGAGAAACAAAGGAAACCACGAACUUCCGAAUUAAUCAAUCAUUUUGAUAAAUGGAACUUGUACGACGAAUCUCUGCUUCUUCAACCUAGUAAGCAAUAUAUGGUCAAGAAUAACAUUUAUAGAUUACAUAGUGCAUUGGACUUGGAAGAAACGAAUGAACUACAAGAACUUACGGAACACGUGAAACAUUUACGAUCAUUAACAAUUGAGGAUCCCAGAAAGCCUGAAAAUACUGAAAUUUGUUGUAAAUUAUGCAAAGUUACGAUAGUUGACAUUUUUGAUCUUCGUGGACAUUUGUACUCUAAGAAACACAGACAGAACGAGGAAACGUUAGGAAUUAAAGUUUAAAUCAUAACAUAAAGGCAAAGAACAUCUAGUGUAAUGUUGGAGGAAAGUAUUAGUAUUAUUAUUAUUAACUGACAGUUACUUUAUACAAUUGACCGAUAUUAAGAAACACUAGGUAAAUAAGAGUGAUAUUUAAUUUUGUUUACAUAUUUUUGUUGUUCGUGAGAAUUUACGUGAACUUUAGUUUCCUAUUAAGUGACAUUGUCAUUUAAACUAGCUUUAUAAAAUCAUUGGUGGUAUAU